GUUUUCCUUACAGCCUGUCUUAUAAAACGCGUUUCAACUUUUGAGAGGACACCAUGUACUCUUUGACGUUAUCACAGUGUUUCACCUUAGUUUUGUCAAUGUAACAAGUAAAACAAGUAGUCACAAAACUUUCCUGUUUAAACAUGAAAUGUCAUUGGUCAAUUUUAAAAUAACCAAUAAUCCAUCUAAUAUUUUUGAUUUGAUAUGUAACUUUUAUUUACCCAUUUUACAACGCAUUUUCAAGAACAUUACUGAGUGGUGAACUAUAACUGGGUGGGAAAUAAUCAAAAAUCAUUCUUAAGGACAUUAGUCUAAGGAAAAGUGAACUUUGUGCUUACGGUCAUUUCUGCAGAAAGUAUUUUAUUGACAUUAAUUUCUGUACUUCUAUAAAAUAUCCUGAUCAUCUUUAGGUGCAUGACAUAUUAUUAUUCAGGAAAUUAUACUUUAAUUUACAAUCGUUAGUUUAGGCAAAAAUAAAGUAGACAGAUUAAGAAUAUUCAAUGCUUGAAUCUCCAUACCGUUCAACUCAAGGUCGUAAAGCUGUUCGUACGUUAACUACCCCACUAAGUUUUAAUAAUUCUGAAAAUAUAUGUGCCACAAAUAAAAACCUAUUGCGAUACUGUUUGGAUUCACCAACUACAACAUCUCAACCAAAUCUAAAUGGUCGAGUAUCGAGGUCAGAUACAAGCUCUAGUAAUGAUCAUAUUGGUCGUAAAUUAUCUGUAAAUGGAAUACAUGAAUUUAGAGACCGAUCCCUUCCUGGUACAAUUUCAAAACAAGAAGUCCAUUCGGUAUAUAGUUUACAUCAACAUCGUAAAAACACAUAUAUUCGAAUUCAAGAUCCUAUAAAUAGUGAAAAUCGAUCACCAUCAAGGCAAACACGAAGAAAAGAAGUUAUACGUUGUUGGAGUCGAGAAAGAGUUACAAGAAGUGAAACUAUUUUAAGUAUACGUCGACCUUCAUCAAAACAAACUGAACAAAAUAUAGAAAGUAAUAAUUUAUGCAAAUCUCGACUUACUGCUUCUACAUCGACCUUUAAUACUUCUAUUUUCUUACCGAUUAUAAAUAAAAGUGAAAGUUUUUCAUCACUACCAACUACAAUACGUCAUAUUCCAAUUCAAUUAGCUGAUAAUCAUCUAACUGAUAUACAACCAAUAAUUAAUGAUACAUUAAAAUCAAUUCCAAUUUCUAAUCAAUUUUCUGGAAUUAAAAAACAAAUUUCAAAUAAACUACAAAAUCUUACUUUCUCUCCUAUUGAAUAUUCAGAGUAUGUAGACAAUUCCACACAAAUAUUAAAUAAUCUUGAAUCUUCAAUUGAACAAAAUUCAAUUUUUACAGAAAAUCUACCGUCAACCACAAAAAUUAAUCAUGAAAAUGAUGAUAUGAAUAAUCAAAAUGUUGAAUUAAAUGAGAUCAUUAAAAGACAAAUUAAUAAAUUUCAUAAUGAUAGUACAGUGAUGCAAAUUAAUGAAACUACAAUAGAUUCACUUCCUUCUUGUAAUAAUAAUAAUAGCAGUAAUAGUAAUCAUGAUAAUGUUAACAAAUAUAAUGGUAAUAAUGGUGAUGAUGAUGAUGAUGAUGAUGAUGAAGACAGUUCAACUAGUCGUUAUAGUACUGCAGAAUCAUCACCAUGUGAAGACUUUGAACCAAAUCUUAAUAAAACUAAUCAAAUAAACAAUCAUAAUAUUGAUAAACAAAAUAACAAAAUAAUUGGAGAAAAAAUUGAUGAACUAAAACAAAAUAAAAAUAUAAAAGAAAAAUUAACAAAUUCAACAAUGAAUAAUCAAAGUGUAGCGUUAGAAUUUCGAACAAUUGUUCAACGAGAUGAAUAUGGUUAUGGAUUUCGAGUUUGUGGAAAUAAACCAGUAUCGGUACAUAAUGUUCGGAAAGAUGGUAAUGCAGAGAAAGCUGGUCUCAAAGCUGGAGAUCAAAUUAUUGAAGUGAAUGGUAUUUCGGCCAUUGAUCUGAAUCAUGAAGAUGUCGUUGAGCAGAUUCGCUCGCGAAACCAAGUCUCUUUACGACUCAAGAGAUUACGUUAUCAAGUGGUUGAUGGCUUAACUGGAUAUCGAGUAGGCUCUAUGAGAAACUUAACCUGUAAUGAAGCUCCAAUUUUGAGAUCACAACAACGUCAUCAUUACCAAAAACGUCGAUCAGUUCGAGAGUCUUCAUCAACAGGAAAUACAGCGUCUGCCGUAGUUAAACGAAGACCUCGUCUUGGGACGCAGACAUUCAAAAUAGCUCGAAGUUGUUCACCCCCUCCAUUAGCGCCAGUCGGUUCAAUGAAUGAUUCAAUAGGUCCACAUACAGAUGAAGAUAUUGAUUGGAGAAAAGAAGACGAGCCGUAUAAUCCAAAACGUGUAAUCGAAGUCAAGAAUAACCAAUUACACUACUUAGACACAAAUCCACAACAAAAAUUCCAUUUCAAAGCUGUGAAAGUUGUUGAUUGAGUGCGGUUCCAUGUCAUUAUUCAUUCAAUGUCAUCUUCUGACGGCUUAACGUUCGAAGUUUGUACUCAUUAACCACAGAAAAUAUACCCUCUUUGAAAGAGAAGUUAAUUAAAGUACUGUAUGGGUUUGUUAUAUUAGUUUCAGAUUUCUCAACAAUGUACAAUUAUGAUAUUACGUGACGAUUAACCAUGAAACCUAAUUUCUUGUGAUGAGCACGUUGUUAUUGAGCCGCUGGCUAAGAAUCGAAUGAUACAUAUAUUUAGACUGUAGUCAACUUGGAAUAUAGUGCGAUUCCCACACACUGUCACUAAUAAAUAACUGCCGUGAUCUAUGGAACCACUUAUUUGAAUACUAAUCAAGAUCGAGAAAUUUUCAUGAGAAGUCGUUACAUGUGAAGUAAAACAAGUCAUGGAAAUGUAAUUUAUUGGAUUACGAUCAGAGGAUUAAGAACGAUAACUGACUUAGUAAUUAGUGAUGGACUAGCUGGAGUUCAUUUUGAUCUCUACUUUUCUUUGCCGCAAUUAGGUUUCUUGAAGUAAAUAUCUUCUAACUCAUUAAAAUACUUUUUACCUUGUCUGAUACAUAGUUUGUGGGGCAAGUUCCUUUUACCUAAUUCUAUCACUUUAAGAGAUUAAAAUCUUCGGACUUAUAAUACAAACAUCAUGAAGUCAGUGUGAAAGGUAUACGUUUUCAGAUGAGUACUCUAAAACUAUCAAAGGUGACGACUGCAAAUAUAGCAAAUCAGAAAAUUCAUUAAUUACCUAAAGUUCUGAUGCUUUCAUUUCUGCUAGCUACAGAUUGGAGCCGACAAUGAAACUGACACGAACCAUACUUCAGAGACUAGCGCCUUAGUUCACGAAACAUUUCCAAAAAUAGAUUUGAUGAAUGACAACACAUAUCUACAAUCUAACCUUGUAAACGUGCCAACCAAUGAAGGUAUAGAAACAAGUAAGAAUUUAGCCAGUAAAAACUGGAUUCUUUAACCUUGAAAUAUGAGUGGUCGUAAAAUAUUGGCCGCUCAGUUCAAAAAAUUGUCUGAAUGUAAUUACUUGGAUAAUUCCAGGAGGUUUAUCUUGAGUCUCUCUAGGUAGAUAUAAGUGCGUGGAUUUAUAUGCCGUUUGGGAUAUUUAUUAUUUACAUAAAAAAUUAUCAACCUGGUUGGUAUAACCAAGCUAACGCGGUCAAAUCGCCGCAAAACUACUAACUUAGAACCUAACCCCAGUUUGUCUCCCCAAACACCUCCAACCAAUGCAGCUAGCUUACCUCCCACAUCCAGGAUGGUUCGACCUCGUUCUAGUAUUGGUCCCAGUGAUCAUACCAGUAAAGAAAGACCUGUUAGUUCAGGACCUGAUAUGUUUGGCCUCUUCAAAAGGGGCUCAGUCAAGGACGUAAAUCAUCCAGAAUGUCUGAGGGAGGAAGAUAGUUCUAUGGAUGGAUCAUCUCGUGAUACUACAUCUGCGAAUAAUAAGAAUAACAGUAAUGGGAGUGGUAGUACUAGCAGUUGUAGUUCUAAGUCGUUAUCUCGAAUGUCUUUCCCUGGUCAUUAUAAAUCUAAUGGUACAUCAAAUAAGAAAACUACCGGUAAUCUCAAGGAUCAGUCAACGUUUUCUAGUAGUACACCACCUCUUGGUCGUGUUAUGGGUAGGAAUUUCGACGAUGAAGGUGAAAGUGAUCUUAGCAUUGCAAAUGAUCUUGCUCACUUAUCAUCAGAAUUCGACAGUGCAACGUCAGUAAUGAAUAGUCCGGCUAAGUGUGCUAUGUUUAUCGAUUACUUGUUUUCUCAUAAACGAGAUCCUACAUGGACGCUUUUCCACAUUGUCAACCAAUACUUUCAACGAUCAAUGGCUUCGUCAAAAGAAUUAUUUAAAGAUGAAAAACGUGUUUGUCUGGAGAUAUUUACAACGUUUCUACAUGAAAAGUCUCCGUUGCGUUUAGAUGUACGAACUCCAGUUGUGUUGAAGUCAUUUGAUUUUAAUGAAUGCUCGAAAUUGUUCAAUGUUAUUGAUCAACAGUGUGUGAAUCAGAUUGAAGUACAAGUUUCCAAAUUAGCUGAGGCAAUUAAUCUAGGUAUGGAUACAUGGUGUCUUUCUGAGCCAAUUGAUUUCGUUCUGUUUCGUAAUAAAGAAGAAGAAUUAGCAUGUUUCGAAUCGCGUCUAAGUAGUUACCUUGAUGCAUUGCAUCAACUGUUUACCGGAAGUUGUACAGAUAAUCCAAUUGCUCUUAGCAUAUGUCGAUUGCCAAACACAUCUGGAUCAGUUACAUAUGAACAAAUUACUCAGGCGAUUACUACUUGUUUGGUUACAGCUCACCGGUAUUAUUCCAUGUCUCAGAUAUCAAGUGCAGAUUAUCCUGAAACUAGAGAUUCUGGACAUUCUAUUAGACAUAGUCUUUUUGCAAGGUCUUUUGAAAAUUUAACUACAUCCGCAUUGGGUUUAGGUAGUGUAUCAGGUAGCAUUGGAAGUGGGCUGUCAUCUGCUGGUUCACAUUUAUGGACAAAAUUAACUCCAUAUUGUGCUAAAUCAAAACAAAAAUCACAUUCUUUGCUCAAUCGUAAAAGUAAAUGGUCUCACAAAGGUCAUUUAUUUUAUGAAUACACGUACGAACGUAUUGUUGAUUGUGGUGUAUGUGGAUUUUUAUUAUGGGGACUCAAUUCACAAGGUUUCAAUUGUAAUAAUUGUGAUCUAUUUAUACACUUAAAAUGUAAAAAUGGUAUUCGAGAUCAUUGUAGUAGAGAAGGACGUAGAACAACUGGCGUCACGUCUGCAAAUGUUUUAGGCGGUAUACUUGGUAGUAUACCAAAUCUCACAAUUGAUACACAUGUUCCAGGUAACACACCGAACCAAACGAAUGAAUCAUGCAAUAAAGUUCCCUUAAAUCCCAGUCAAAUUGGUUCGAGUGAUUUUAUCCAUCACGGCAAGUUGUUUAUAAUUUUUAUAGGUGUUGUGGCUUUUUUUCUCCGUUUGGUUGAUUGGAAAAUUUAAUGGGAACAUUCACCAAAGUAAUACUAACUGAUUUUAUCAUUGAAUUUAGUGUCAUAUUCACUUAACUUAAUAGUUCAACAUUAUGUUGAACAGUGUAUCUCAAACAGUUCGAAGUAUUCUGAAUGUUACCAUGGAGUUGCAUAACAAAACAGAAUUACAAACUUACGAGAGUCAUUUGGGUAUUUUGGGCAUCAGCAGUUUGGAAGUAAAUUAUCUUAAUUCCAGAGAGAGUAUACACUUCUUGGAUUUGUUCUUUGCAGGUCUAUUAUUCUGUUGAGUACCAACAGAAAGCGGAACGUAAAAAAUGAAUUUAAGGAUAAUUUUCUUCCGUUUUUUACGCGACACUUCUCAAUUUUGUUGAUUCUGUUCAUAUGUGUUAUACCAUUACAACGUGUAGUGUGUUACCAACAAAUCUAGAUAAGAAGAUUAAUGAAAGAUACAGAUUUAGUUACAAUUAUCCAUAGUUUCGUACAGUGUUCUCAGUUGUGAAGCAUAAUGUAAAGAUACACAAUCUCUAUCGAGGAAAGCUUCUAUACAGACUUGGUUUUCUCAUUUUAUUCAGGGAGAAGAGAAUAAGUGAAUCGAAACACUUUUAUCCAUUGUAUUGUGUUUGGAUUUGCAAAUAACUAACGUAAUACAUUAACGUAUCACUUAUCAUGGACUCAAAAGGGUAACAAAGUGUUUUGUUGAUAUUAUCCACUGUUUGACGUCAUAGCCUAACACUUCAAUAUACUGUGUUACAGAUCCAUAGAAUAAUUGUGAUUUCUAACUAUUAAUUCUUGUCGACUAAUUAUGAUAUAUCGUCCAUAGUAAUCAUUCAUUUUCUGUUUGAAGCCUCUUUAACUUGUUACUGAUUUCCUAAGUUAAAUUUUACUUUGUUAUCAUAUCAUAUGAUAUUCACUAUAUUUUUAUGUUUAUUAAUUAAAAUUUCUUUUUUAUUCUGUUUUCUCUUUGCAUUCUUUUCUUCAUCAUAAUUAAAAUUGAUUCGUGCACUAAUGAUUAACAACGCCUGCUAUAAUAUAAAUGCGUAUUGUCACUAAUUAAUAAUACUAAAUUACAGGUUGUUCUAUUCAUCGACGUUGUGAUUCUGAUACACGUCAUAAACAAAAGAAAGCUAAUACAUUAAAAGAUUUUCACCUCUUACCCUCAUUUCUUCAUCGUAACAACAAUGCUAACUCAGUUGAUAAUCCACUCGACGCUGUUGCAUCACUAGACGAGACAAUUAAUUCAUCUUGUCAAGAUAGUACUUAUAGUUCUGGGUUGAAUGAAACUUCUUCAAUAUCAGGUAAUGGGGGUGGUGACACAUCUAUCAACUUUCCUUCACCAGGAUUAUCUAAACGUGAUUCCAUUUCAUCAAUGUCAGUUGGAUCCACAUGUCAAACUCCUGUGGAUUCUUAUUUACAAUCUGGUAUUGGUCAAACAGACAAAAUUAAAUCGAAUGGAGAGGAAUGUGGGAUUAUGGGCAAUGAUUCGCGUAGGUUGAAAAUCUAGUAGUUUUUUAUCACUUUAAAUGUAAAGUGUGUAGAAGUUAAUAGAGUAAAUCCCAAUUAUCAUACAUAUUUAUUAUAGUAAGUAGUUUUAUUGAACUGAUUUAAAUACAAACUCAAAAGGUCCCAUUUUUCUAAGUUAUUUGUAAUUCUUCCUUCCUUUUCAUAUUGAUUCUUCUUUCCGUAUAGUUUGUGUAUUAUGAUCGAUCGAAGCUCAUUCACUAGAUAUGAUGUUUUAUGUCUAUCAUGCCUCCUGUUUACCAUUCAGAUACAAAUACUUCCAGUAACUCUUAAACAGUGUUGCUUUAUCAUUCGUUGAAUAUUUCAGAUACUUCAAAAUUUUCCAUUUUAUGGUAAAUAAUACAAAUUUAUUUAUUAUUUAGUGAUCUCGGUUUUCUGUUCUGAUUCACUUUAAUGUUAUUUAAGAUUGUUUGAAAUAGAUAAUAAUUGGACGGAUAAAUUGAGGAUUUCUCUUCUUAAAUAUUUAACCAGUCUGUGCAUUUAAUUCCUCUGUUUCAUUCGUUAAUCACAACUUUCUAUUAUUCUGUUUUUGUUGGGUCCUACGUUUAGCUUAAUGAUUUUCCACUCUUUUGCUUUUCACCUUAAUUGUCAACUUGGACUGAAUGCCUUUGUACCGAAUCUUGCGCUGUCUAUCUCUUAAACUUUACGAGAGUUGAUGGUUUUCCACCUUUUUCUUUGUCAGUGGUUAUCAACUAAAUAAUUAUAUAUUUCAUUUGUUUCACCUUUUCUCCUCUCUCUCUGGGUUAUGUUUCGGUUAAAAUUUGAGUGUAGUUCCUCAUAGAGUUGGAUAACAAAAUCCAGUUUUUUACACUAAUAUAAUGUUUAUGCAUGACGAUCUGUAAUUUUGAACUCGUUCUAAUAAUUACUUAAAUUUUCUUGACUGAGUUUGUGAGCUUUUUGAGGUACAUGGUAUAUAUAUAACUUCACCGUACACUUUCUCACUGUUUCUUUAUCUGACACUGAUUUGUAAUAAAAAGUAUCUUCAAUAAGAUUUUGAGUAAACCAUCUUCGGUAAUUACCUUGUUUCUUUAUUAUAUUUUUGGUGUGUGUAAAAGUUUUACACUAUAAAACAAUUUUUUAAAGGGGGAGAUAUGACAGUAGUUCAAACAAAGACGAAAUCAUAAUGAAUAAUAAUUUGUUCAUACAUUUUUUUAUUAAUGAUUAUUUAGUCUGAACGAUAAAGUCAGUUUUUAAAAUAAGUGGUAAUAAUUCGCAAUUUGAAAAAUAACCCUAACAGUUUUUUCUCAUGAAAUAUUAUUCCUUGUAGUAUCUAAUCAAUUUAUUUGUUUGACCACAUAAAUAUUGAUACAAAGGGGCACUGAAUACAUAUGCGCCACACAGGUCACUUGGUUUGUUUGUGGACUAUGAUACUGCCCAGGUGCCUAGAUCGAAUCAGAUGAAUUUCUUAGGGGUCACACCAGGAGCCUCUGACCUUAAGGUCUGAUCCAAAAGGCAGUGGAGCAACGUUAGGAGAUGCAGUCCCAUGGUAUCCGGUGACCAAUAAUUGAUACAUACGCCGUUUAUUCCCUCAGUAUCCUGGAGUCCAUGUGCACCAUCGGUUUGGAAUCAGGGUUUUCCAACUCCCUUAAAUGGAUUCUCCAUAUCCACCAUUCCGGUUAAAGCUCCGGACAUUCGCUUUUGACCCUCUCAAUUUCGUAAACCAUACCUCCGCUGCAGGAAGGCGGACUUUUGUGGUAGUGGCUGUAUACGCGUGACCAUGUGAGAGCAUUUCGAGAGGGAGAGCUAAAUUUCCCCACCCUCGGCUGUACCACGGCUUUAGGGGGUCCAAUCAAUGGAUAACAUUUGACUACAUUCAUCCAGCCAGUUAAGUGCAUGACAAGCAGUAUAAUACGUAGUUGUGUAUACUUUUCAAAAGUCCUGAAUCCUAGAGAAAAAUAACAAAGACAGGUCCAACACUGAACAAAAGUUUGACGAAAAUUAAUCUGUACUUUUUUAUAAUAUUGAGCACAUUCAUUCUCGUGAAAAAAUAAAAUAAAUAAAUUUACACAUUUGUUUUCAACCAUCUCUCAAAUUAUUAGCGUUCUAUGGGUGAAUCAAUACUGAAUUGAUGCUAAUAUAAUUAAAAUAACCCAUUGUGGCAUCGAAUUCCGCGAAGAAAAUUUUCUUUUCAAUAAAAUCAUUUACUUAAGCUGUACAUUCAUAUUUACAAUUGUGUGGUGAAUAUAUGUUUGUAAAAGUAUAGUUAAGAUUGUAUCAUAAAGUGAUUCGAGGCUCUGAAUAUCAAAUGAGGUUACGUUAUAAUUAGAGGUUUAAAGAAGAAUAGAAGGAUGAAAAUAAUUUACGGAUCAAAAUUAUGAAAUAUAAUUGUCCGUUUGACAGAUAUGAAGACAAAAUGAGAAACAUGAAAGCUGAAUAAUAAUCAUGGAAAAUUGUUAAAGUGUAAUAAUAACUAAUUACGGUUUAAAAUUACAAAAUGCUAAUUUAAGGAAAAACAAGACGAAAACACAUUACAGAAAGGAAUUAGGGUGAGAAGUUGGACGUAUCAUAUUUGCACGCAGAGUUCGGGCUUAAAUUGGUUGAUCGUCAACGCAGCGCAUAAGUUUUUGAUUCGUUUAUUAUUAUUUAUUUAUUUCAUCACAUAGAUAUUGGCACAAAGAGGCACCAAAUACAUAUGCGCCACAUAAAUCUCAUUUGAUAUGUGUGAGGGCUGUGAUAUUGCCCGGGUGCCGAAGCAGAUGGUUUUCUUAGGGGGCCACACCCGGAGCCUUCGACCUGAAGGUCUGACCCACAAGGCAGUGGAGCAUCGUGAGGAGAUGCAUUCCCAUGGAAGCCGGUGACCAACAAUUGGUUCAUACUCCAUUUGUUCCCUCAAGAUACCGGAGCCCAUGUGCACCGUUGGUUUGGAAUCCGGUUAAAGCGCCGGACAUUGGCUUUUCGUCCUCUCAUUUUCGUAAACAACACCCCCACCACGAGAAGGCAGUGAGUAGGACUUCCCUGGCAGAGGCUAUAUACGCGUGGCCAUGUGAGAGCAUUUCGAGAGGGAGAGCAGACUCUCCCCACUCUUGGCCGUACCAGGGCAUUUGGGACAACUGAUUGAUGUUAGACCACCAUUGGAAACCUGGAAGUACUGGACGGCCGUUUCAUCCGAUUGUGGGACUCCUCGACAGUGUGUAUUCACGAUCCCGCUCGCGGGAUUCGAACCCAGGGCCUAUCGGUCUCGCGCGCGAACGCUUAACCUGCUGGACCAUUGAUUCGACCUCCGUUCGAUCCAGUUCCUUUGAUUGUGUAGAUUAUGUUAAAGGAAAUUCCUUUCAAAGUGAUGUAUCCAGAGUUGCUUAGAUGCUUCCGUUAUGAACUGGUAACUGUUUGCAUUCUCCUUUUAAAAGCUUAUUAUAAACAUAUAUUUACCAUACAACUAUAAAUACGAAUGUACAGCUUGAGUAAAUGAUUUCAUCGGAAAGAAACUUUUCUUCGCUGAAUUCUCUUUAUUUUAAUUCAGAGAUGAUCAUGUCUAUACUUAACAUUGAAAGAGUAUCCUUUCAAUGAUGUACUUCCAAUACACAACCUUAGUAUAUAUAUAUAUAUAUAUAUUCAUUUAUUCUAUGAGAUGUGAUAAAGUCAAUUAAUUUUUUGUUUAUACUGUUUUUUUACUUUUCAAUUUGCACAUGGGCACACCUUCAUUUAAACGUGUUUAUACAUCUAUACUUUCUGUACCUAUCUACAAAAAAUAUCGUUUCGAUGGUAUUCGUGAUCUGGUUUUCGUACACGCUCACAUUAUUAUUGGCUAAUUUUUUCUCUACUAUCUGCCGCGUUUGUGGUGUUAUAUUCUUUAUUAUAAAAUGAUUAUCACGUAAUUACGGCUUUAUAAUCAUUCAUAUUUGUGGAAUUGCUGAUGAUAUUUUUGGUGUAUACGCGAACACACAUCAAUCUGUGCAUACUUACAUAAACUGUUUGUUAUUGCAUUUAACGUUGGCCAUUUUGAUCAUAAUUGUUCAUUAUCUUCUAUUUUUAUCAUUUAUAUUUUUUUAUUCGGUGUACUUCAUGCCAUAUUCCUGUUUACUUUCAUAAAUCUAACAUUUGUGUGCUCAAUUUUACUCUCUUUUUGUGUGUUUAACGGCUGUUGUGAUGUUUUUUAAUAUUUUUUUCAAAUAAUAAAAAUUGCACUUAAUCAUUCUACUGUGUUAUUUUCAUCUGAAGAUAUUAAAGUUCCAUUGGAUUCGAGAUCAUCAUCACGUCGUCGCUUAAGUAUAACAGUUAAACAAGGUUAAUUUUUUUUUAGUUUAUCUAUCCUCUGUUUCUCCUCAAAUGAUAUUGAAAUUAAUCAACUUAUUAUAAGUUUUAAAUUUUCGAUGUGUUAUCAUAAAAAAGUAAAUUAUUAAUGGGCUAUUAUUUUGAUGACUGUCCUAAUUGGAUUCUUUCUUCUGUUCUCCUUUCUUCAGUGUUCAUUCCAUUGAUUGUUAUUUGUCUUGUUUAUAGUGUAACUUGGAUUCAUUCUACGUCAAAUUAUUCAAAUGUUGGACUUUUAUGGACUAAAUUAAGUUUCGCUCCAUUUCAUUUCUUCAUGUUUGUUAGCUAGAGAUAAGGAAUGCUACACCUUGUUCGAGCUGUUUAUUUUAAUGAAUCAGAUUGCAUACAGGUUUUUGAUUAUUACUGUACACUGAAUUAAUACAUCAGUUAUAAUUAGACAAGUUGCCGAUAGUUGACCCAACGUUAUACAAAGAACAUAUCAUCUCCAUAGUACAGAUGUUGAUCAUUUGAAUUUUGACAAAUUAUCAUGUAUUUGUAGGUAUCAAUGCCAACGUUGAAUUUGAUAGUUUCAAAUAAAUUAAGCAUUAUGUAGGAAGCUAAUAAUAAAUAUAUUUUUUGUGGUCUUAUUUACUUUAUACGAUUUAAGCAUGUGUUAAUUUAAUUCGGCUAUUUAUUUACUUUGAAGAGGUGGCUUACAUUAAGUCGCGAAACUUCAGAAAAAUACAAUUUUACUACUCAUCGGGUUAUAACAACAAAAAAUAUAUUCAUUAUUGUUGAGUCGGCUUUCCGAGAACUGCAACGGAGCCGAAGAAUUCUAGCCAAUCAGAACAUGUGUACGACAUACAAAUCAAAUCCAUAAGGACAAAAGAACGAUGCAGACUCGAAAUAACCUGAAGGAGUUUCCGUUAGAGUUAAUCUUAGAUACACCAAUGCUAUAUAUGCUCUAGGACACCGAAAAGAAUCCUCGGACAAGGAAGACAACAAGAAUAAUGGGACGCCGCCGCAACCCAGUUGCCAACUACAAGUACAUCCUAGAAAGAAAUCUUAUUUGGGGGGUGUUGAGUCGGCUUUCCGAGAACUGCAACGAAGCCUCAAGAGGCCCUAAAGGAGCCGAAGAGUCCUAGCCAAUCAGAGCAUGAUGGAGCUUUCUAGAAUGUCAACGUGGCGUGCUACUAUUGGUCAGUAGCAUAAUAUUUCGUUUAGCGGGUUGUUCAAAAAUAUAAUGUUGAUUUAAGAAAUGUUAACAUCUAUAAAUACCCGUGUUUUUCUGUACAAAAAUGAACCUUUGGAGUAAAGUGCUUUUCGCUUAUUUUGCGCCUUUUCUCUCGAGUUCAGGUCGCUGCGUAGUUCUAGCUUGCGGGUUACCAGUAUAGCUUAGGAACCCAAUAAAGCGUUCAAAUUAACAAGACUUAUCAAUUAUCACUAUAUUUUUUUAUUUGCUUAUCAUCUCUUUUCUUAUCUAUUUUAAUUUAUAUACCUACAGUUGAAAUAUGUUGUGAGAAUAGCGAAAUAACUUUAUUAAAAGUAGAAAAACUCAAGAAUAUGUGCUCAUUUUGAGAGAUAUAUUUACAAGAGG